UGUGGUCAUAAAACUUAUUCCGAUAACUGUGCUACAAGUGGACAAUAAAACAAUAAACUCUGUUCUACUCACCGUCAACUUUGACAUGCGACAGACAUGCGGAGGGAGGAAGCUUGGCAGGUGAGUUUAUUCACAUGAUCAGUUUUCUUAUCUAUCCAUACGUAAGGUGUUUCCUACUCAAUGGUGAUCAUCAUUCUGUCUUCACCCCCUCAAAAAGAAAAAACAUCCAAAGAAAAGUAAAAUACAGCAUGCUUGUGGAGUUAUCCUUCUAAUGGAGACUCCAUUCUUUACGAUCUGCUAUGCUCGAUAGGCUUGGGUGCUAUAGAGGCCUUGGAGAUCCUGCAACUGUCCUUCAACAACAUUACCACCAUCCAGCUAGGAGAACUGGACAACCUGCGUGGGCUACGGGAGCUUCACCUCCAACACAACCUCAUCAGCAGCCUGCACCCAAAUGCCUUCAGACAUUUACACCAACUUGAGAUUCUCGACGUGAGCUUCAACAUGCUGACCAGCCUCGACCCUUCAAUCUACUUCUCUCUACACACCAUCGGGACGGACGUUCACCUAGCUGGAAACAAGUGGCACUGUAACUGCAUCAUGAGGAACAUAAGAAGAUGGAUGGCUAUUAACAGGAACAGAGGGUCGCAUUCCUGGGAUUUGGUUUGCGCUUCCCCGCCCAUUCUAGCAGGUGCCGACGUUCUACACCUGGAGGAUGAUGAUUUGGACUGUUGGAGCACUGAAAAGGAACCACAAGAUGUGACAGUACAACAAGGUUCUGAUGUUCUGCUGUCCUGCACCACAAGAGGUGAAUUAUGGUGGACGCCUGCUGGUUUGGCACCUGGAAACCAACCUAACUCUGGUCUCCUCGUCAGUGCCAUCACAGAGAAAAACACUGGUCUUUACGUGUGUUUGUCCAAGGAUCACCAGGUGGUGUCCAUCUUUCAUCUUCGUAUCGCAGGAACUAGCAGAAAAGUUCGAAGUGUAGCAGAGAGAAUCACAGGUGAAGUAAGGAGCCAAAACGUGACACAGUCCGACUUGACGUUAGCCGUGUGUUUGUCCGUGUUCAUCACCUUUCUGUUCGCCUUCAUCCUGGGAGUUGUCCUAAGACCAUGCAUCGAUAUUCUCUGGAAGAGGAUCACCAGAAAGAAAACAUCUGAAAACACUGUCUCGUCGGCCGAGGGGAGACAAUACGACAAUGAGGCCUACUCGGAAGACCCAGAGGAGUUGGGCCCUCACAGAGAAAGGAGAGUUACCUUCAGCACAGUGGAAGAAAAUGAUGUUAAAUAUUAUGACACGGAACAUGACACAAGAGUAAACAGCAAAGUAGUUGAAAAUAAAACGCUUGUAGAUAGAGAUUCGGUAUUUGAGAAAGGUCUGGAGGGAAGCAGUUCAGAGGAUACACGAGGUCUUUCGGACCAAAACCUCACAAGAACUUUGUCUGAUUCGUCACUUUCUGAUCAGGACCAAAAACAAGUGGACACACUUUAUCAGAACACAUCAGAAAUACCACAAAUUUCCAUUAAGAAAAUCCCAGGAGUUUCUUCUGAACCCAUUGUAGAUUACGCACAGCAUGCAAAAAACAGUGAAACAGUGGAACUCGAAGAUGAGGAAGAACAAUUUGACUACAGCGACUCUGUCCGCAGCACAUCGCCGAGAACCAGCAGUCCCAUGGGUUCUUUUAACUACACCCGACAAAUUAUGCCAAGACUGAGCAGAAAACACUCGUCCGGCUCCAGUUCGUACAUGAGUGACGAUGAACUUACGCAAUACACCGUCAACCCAGAUCUGCAAGAAGAGAAGUUUGAAGUCUGA